AUGUCCCGUGUCUCGGCGCGAUUGCUCCAGCUUAUGCAUGCGGACAAGACUGAAAAGGGCGUUGGAUUCGCAUGUGAAAUGUCCCCCACCUCCUGGGCUCUUUACUAUGAGUUGAAAGCAGUUCAGGUUCCUCGGCCCAUUUACCAUGCGCACGAAACAAAUCCCAUUGAGCUCAACCUCCGAGCUAAUUCAGGGAAGCCCGGUAAAAUCAGCGCAGGGUGGAAUAGUAUCUGGAGCUGGAACAAGCACAAUGAUAUUCCGAUGAAAAUGCCCUACAUGUUUGGGUCAAUUCCCCGAAAAGAUCUAUCGAGCCUGGCUAGGUUACGAUGA